AUGAUCGUGAAACAGCUCUACCUCACGCAUGUGGACGCCAGCACGGCAGUCAUCACCACCACCAGCACUGACAUCCCGCCUCUGCUGCUCCGCCGCCCGCUGCUCCUCCUCACUGCCACCCACCUCCUCGCCAUUGACCAAUCAGGGCUUGGCAUGGCCGCAUGCCUCCCGCUGUGUGGGCUGGAAGUGAGUGUGGAGAGAGGAGAGGAAGGGGGAGGGGAGGAACUGGAAAGGGGAGGGGGGAAGGGAGAGGUGGAGGAGGGAGGGAGUGCGGAGGAGGGCGAGGGGGAAUGGUCCCUGACAUGCUUCUGUGGCAGGGGUGGUCGGCUGUGUGGCAGUGUGAGUGAUUGGUGGCACACACUGCCACACCACCCCACCCAGAGAAAGUCCACUGGCGCUCUGGAUGAUAGCAGCGGUGAGAGGCGAGGGCGUGACGAGGGCAGUAGAAUGGCAGAGGGUGUGACGGGUGGGAGAGGGGGAGGCGGGGAGGCAGACGCUGUGAGAACAGUGGAGGUGCAAGGGGGAGGGGAGCACGCAGACUUGACGAUAGGCCUGCAGGUGUACUGCCAGGUGGGAGAGGCAGCACACAUCCAACUCGUGCCUCUGCUGCUCAGACAGGUGGCUCGCUCUGCUGCCCUUUGA